ACCAUUGCCGUCACUAUCCCGGGACCUCCUCCGUUUGGAUCGCUGCAUCUUGGCCGACACCGUCAAGUACCGGGUUCGGCAGUCGGGAUUUCUUUUCUUUCACCACUUUUCAGGCUGUCGAUCAAUGUGGAGCUACUCGAGGAAUGGAUACAUAAAACCCCCCAUUCUCCGGGAGAAAGAGGAAAAGAAAGGGUGCGUGUGUGCUUGUGUGUGUGUGUGUGUGUGUGUGGGAGAGACGUGUGAAGACGGAAGCGAGGGAAGCCUGAGUAGACGCGGCCGACAGUGUCCCAAGCUGGUCUUGCUGGUGCUGGUGCUGGUGCCCCCAUCCCACAUAUUCUUCUGCCUCGUCCUCAAGCCGCAAGGGGAUAUACACUACGUGUACCUGGCCCCGGCUAUGUAUACGAUAAUCCCUAUUGGAUGCGCAUGUACGCAAGUAGAAUCGAGUAAAGCUGCUUGCUACCGAUCUCAUAUCUCCCACCGAGGGUCGCUUAGGCGAUGCGAACCCGGCGUAGGAGCACAAUCCGGCGACUGGCAAUGUUGAUUACCAUAUCUACCUAUUCCCUGCACGUAUGGGGCCCUCUACGUACCUACGUGACCCAUAGUCGGCUCCGCCGCCGGUGCGAGAGGGGAAUGGUAGCAAUAGCAGCAUGGAUAACGAGGCAGCCCGAGAGAUAAAACUAGCAUAGCGAGCCCGGCUGCCAGCUGAAUAGCUUCCCACCUCUUCAACACCCCGGGCUUGGGCACCCC